GAGAAGUGUACUUUUGGGUGGAUAUUUAAUUACUCGUUUUUAUUUAUAACUCUUUAGACACUGACUUCAAAAUCAAAAUCACCUUGUGUGAGUUGUGAGCAAGAUUCCAUUCCCCUUUAGUUUCUUUUUUGAAAAUGCACAAGUACUACAUUUGUUUUUGAAACCUGCACUGCACAUUGCACAACAAGGAUUCAUCUUUUUACCUUUUCAUUCGAAAACAACCUCAAACUCUUUUGGGGUCUGAUCUGAAGAGCAGAGAUUAUGGGGUCUUGCUAUGGUGAAAGUGCAGAUAACAUGCAAGUGAUAGCUGCUGAUAAGGACCACAUAUGGAGCAGCAAGAAAGUGGAAGCAGAUGAGGGUCUGAAUCUGAACACUGUGGGGUGCCUCAGAGGGAGAUUACUGGCUGAGAGACAGGCUUCAAGGGUGGCCAAGAAGGAAGCUGAAUCAAUGGGGAACAAGUUGGUUGAGUUGGAAAAAUUGCUUAGAGAAGAGAUCAAAUUAAGAGAUAAAGCUGAAAGAAGGCUUAAACUUUUAAAGAAGAAGGUUGGAUCUUUCAGCAUGCCCUCCAAGUCAUGGCAAUUGGAGCAUUCUGAUUCGUCGGAGAAAUGUGAAAAUUCUUGUGGAUCAUCCUCAAUUAGUUCACUUUCUAAACAUUCUGAAGCAAACGGAAUAAAGCAUGAUGCAAAAAUUCCAGCUUUGCCAGAAAAUGUAGAUCACAGUGACAAUGUUUCAGAAGCCUCUACACUUAUUCAGACCCACAAUAGUCCAUCCAGUACAAAAGAUUGUGAUUCUCAGAAUACUGAUAAUUUCAGUACUAAUUCAGAACAGGGUUGUUCUUCCCCACAAAUUCUGAGACAGAAUCCGAAUCUGAGCUCUGGGAAUUUGAAGAAUGAUGAAAGCAGGCUUUCCACCUUAAGCUCAAGGUCAUCAGUGACAGAGAAUGAGAGUCAUCACGCCGAUUUCUAUGAUAAUUCUCUGGCAUUAGUUCCCGUGACCGUGACAGCUACAUCACAAGCCACCAAUAAUCCCAAACCAAUUAAUGUGAGUGUCUUUGAAGCUCUAGAUGCAUUGAGGCACGCCCGAGAAAGGCUUCAAAGUUCAAUGAGAACAAGGCAAAUGAUUCAUGUUGGCCCAAUUUAAGCUCCAACAUUGAGUUACUAAUAAUGCUAAAUUAUUGCCAUGUUUAUGUAUUAUAGGCAGUGAGAUUAUGAUUUAGCAUGAAAAUAGAAGGGAACAUCAUAAACCAUAAACCUUGAGGUCCUCAAAAAUUAAUAAGAUUGGUAGCAGAGUGGUAAAAAUCUUGUGAAUUGUGGUUUCACUCAGCACAUAAAGCAUGUGACGUGGGGAUGUGUUGUCAUCUCCUUUGGGGUCCAACUCUUCUGUCCAUAUUCUUUUUCUUGUGCCUUUUCUUCGUAUAUACUUUUGGUGACUUUAAUGUGGUCACCCCCUUGAUUCCUGUGACUUGCAUCAACAUUAUUAUACUUGGGCUUGUGGUUUGUGAGAAGGACAAGGCUUAUCCUCAACCAAGAGUACCACUGUAACUAGGCAAUUUUGUCAUCUGUUGCUCUUUUCUGAUAUACAUCAGCUAAUUUCAGAUA